AAUCCAAGCCAACAGAAUCAACAUACACUGCCCGUGGGAGUCGUGUCUCUACUUUAGUAGUGUUCUGUAUGUUUCCCGUAUUUUCUGAGUAAGUAACAGUAAUGCUAGUAAGGUAGCCGAUAAAACAAACGAUUUCACCUCCUGCUAAUAUCGAUUAAUAACAGCAACAGUAACAAACCGGUAUGGCUUCGCCAUCUCAAAGCAGCCCUGCCACGACAGGAACGACAAACGCUUCUGGUGGGACAGGUGUAAAGGUUUCUUCGGGCACUGGUUCAGCGGCUGGCACAACAUCUUCAUCUGGCAGUAGUGGGACAGAUAGUACAACCCAACUGCUAACUAAACCUCGACUACAGGAACUGGUUCGCGAAAUAGACCCUACUGAGCAGCUGGACGAAGAGGUGGAAGAACUCCUGCUACAAAUAGCAGAUGAUUUUGUCGAGAACACGGUAAAUGCCGCUUGCCUGCUAGCUAAACAUCGCAAGGUUCCCAAGGUAGAAGUACGAGAUGUACAAUUGCAUCUGGAACGUAACUGGAACAUGUGGAUUCCUGGCUUUGGUACGGAUGAGUUAAGACCAUACAAGAGAGCGACCGUAACCGAAGCCCACAAACAACGAUUGGCACUAAUAAGGAAAGCCAUAAAAAAAUAUUAGCAUAUACGCAUGGUAGCGAUAAUGGCACUCUAGCAAUAAUCAUCAUAAAAAAUACGAAAACAAUAAGAAACAAAAAUAUAUAAUAAACCAGCUUGUUUACUUAGGAGAA